CGCCCUUUUAUGACUGCAGACGAGUUCACGUCGUGGGUCUUUUCGCUUACAAUUCGUCAACAUGGCAAAUCGCGCUAAUCGUCAUGCUGCCCGCACCGAGGAUUCGGAUAAUACCAUUAACUACGUCCAAUGCGACGGACUGGCCGUCAUGAAAAUGGUUAAGCACUGCCAUGAGGAGUCGAGCAACAUGGACCUCGCCCAGGGCGCCCUGCUCGGUCUGGUGGUAGACAAGUGCCUGGAGAUCACCAACUGCUUCCCGUUCCCCAAAAGCGGCGAUGAGACCAUGGACGAGGAGAUGUACCAGCUGACCGUGAUGCGUCGCCUGCGUCGCGUCAACGUAGAUCAUCUCCAUGUGGGCUGGUACCAGAGCUCCGACGUGGGCAACAGCCUGUCAAUGGCUCUGUUGGAAUCGCAGUACCACUACCAGACCAGCAUUGAGGAGUCCGUCGUUGUCGUUUACGAUACGCAGAAGUCAUCCCGCGGAUUCCUCUGCCUGAAGGCCUACCGUCUUACGCCGCAGGCCAUUCAGAUGUACAAGGAUGGCGACUUCACUCCAGAGGCAUUCCGUACCCUAAAGGUCGGCUACGAGAACCUCUUCGCCGAGAUUCCCAUUGUGAUCAAGAACUCGCCGCUGACCAACAUUAUGAUGAGCGAGCUGAACGAGCUGCUGCCCGAGGACAAGGGGCACAACUUCCUGGACCUGGGCACCGCCACCGUAUUGGAGAACCAAAUGCGCAGCCUGAUCGAGCGCGUCGACGAGUUGUACCAGGAGGCAGUGCGCUAUAACAAGUACCAGCAGGUGGUCUUCAAGCAGGAUACGGAGAAGCACCGUGCUCUGGCUAAGCUGGCCGCAGAGAACGCCGUUCGCACAUCGAAGGGAGAGCCCACGGUGCCAGAGGAGGAAGUGAUCAAACAGUUCCGCCCCAUGACUGCGCCCAACCGCCUGACGGCCACCAUAACCUCUGGCCAGAUCAAUACCCACGCCCAGCAUAUCGCGCAAUUCUGUUCGCAAUCGCUGGCCAAGCUCUUCAUCACGGAAUCGCUGCAAAUUGCCAAGGAAGCCAAGGAAACCAAAUAGAUUAGCUAAUGUUAAGCGUUUUUUAAGCUGAGGCAACAACAUUCACUACCUACAAACAUAGCAACUGCACACACAGAUGUCCGAAAUAAACCAAACGAGCGCUGAGUGCGCUUGGAAGCGAA